AUGGACAUGGAUUGUCCGGGAGUUGCGGCGGAGUUCGGCAGGGUUCAGGAGCCUGCAGCGGACGACGAUGAGGACAAUAGGAAUCGGAACGAAGACGACGAAGACGGGGAGGAGACGGGCGACGAUUUCGAGUUGCACGACGGGCCGAUUAACAACGACGGUGGAGGCAUCUCCGCGGGAGGGCCCGGGUGGGAGGCUUUCCUACCGCAGGGUAGUCUGAGGGUUUUGCUGGUCGAAGACGACGACUCCACCCGCCACGUCGUCGGCGCGCUGCUGAGAAAUUGUUCCUACGAAGUCACACCCGCGUCUAACGGCGUGCACGCGUGGGAGCUGCUGACGGCGAGCGGUGCAGCUCGGUUCGACCUGGUGCUGACGGACGUGGUGAUGCCGGGUCUAUCAGGCAUCGGGCUGCUCACGCGCAUCAUGACGCGGGAAGCUCUCCGCGGCAUGCCCGUCAUCAUGAUGUCGUCGCACGACAGCAUGGAGAUGGUGUUGAAGUGCUUUCAGAAGGGCGCGGCGGACUUCCUCGUGAAGCCAGUGCGCAAGAACGAGCUCAAGAACCUCUGGCAGCACGUCUGGCGCCGAUGCCACUCGUCUACGGGCAGUGGCAGUGGCAGCGGCAGUGGCACGAACGGCAAGGUGCUGCGGGAGAAGCGGGGUGCGUACGAGGGCGACGGCGUGGGGUGCAGCUUCAACGUGAACGGCGGCAGCGACAACGGCAGUGGCACUCAGGUUCGUAUCGGCCCACGUGCUGCUGCUGGGAUCGAUGCUGGGAGUGACGCGGGGGGUGAUGCCGGGAGCUAUCAUGGGAGGCAUACCGAGGGGAAUGCUGGGAGGGAUGCGGGCAGUCGCACGUGCUCGCCUGUGCGCGGCAGCAUCGGCCACAUGUCUCUGUGCCCAACGGACGUCUCUUCAUGCAGUCUGGGGCACCGACUCCCACGCACUGACCCCCUUGGUAGACGACCAAGAGGCCCCGAGACUGGCGUUCCGUCACGUCCGGAUCCAGGCUGGGCUUCAGGCUCGGUGUCAGGCUCGGCGUUGGGCUCGGCGUCAGGCUCGGAGUCUGGCUCGGAUUCGUCCUUGAACGAGGCCUCAGGCUCGGGCGAUGGUGGGAAGAAGCGCGGUGGUUCGUCUUCCGCCCACCUCUCCGCUCCCCGCUCUCCUGCGCCGCCUCCUCUCCGCGCGCCUCAACCUCCUGCAACGCCGCUUCUUACGCUUCUCGCGGAGUGA